CCCAUCUGUCGUCCGUCUGUCUUUCUGCGAGAGCGUGAGACUGCACAUUCAUGUCCGCCAUGGGUUGGAUAAAGGAGUCACAGAAAAAGAAGAAGAAAAUCAUUAUUGGCGUCUUGGCAGUAUCAAUUGUGAUCCUGGUCCUUGGUCUCGGACUCGGGCUUGGACUGGAUUUGCAGGCAUGUCGAAACAAAGUUACACCCCACACGUCCUGCAGGGAAAGAUGCUACGAGCCCUUUGAUGAUGAGAUUCCUGGCUGCAGAUGUGACAGCAGCUGUACUGACACCAACAGCUGCUGCUACGACUACCACGACCUCUGCACCGUUCCCACCCAGCAGUGGGAAUGCACGAAGCUGCGCUGUGGCGAGAAGAGGCUGGAUCAGAGCAAGUGUCAGUGCUCUGACGACUGUCUGUCUGCAGGAGACUGUUGCACCAAUUACAAGCACGUCUGCCACGGGGACACUGAGUGGGUGGCGGAUAAAUGCGAGGACCUGUCAGCCCCUUCGUGUCCAGCAGGCUUUAAAUCGCAGCCGCUGCUCCUGGUCUCUUUGGAUGGCCUGAGGGCAGAGUACCUGCAGACGUGGCGCGCUCUCAUCCCUGUUCUGGACAAACUCAGGGCAUGUGGAUCGUCAGCUCCUUACAUGCAGGCCGCAUUUCCAAGCAAGACGUUCCCGAAUCACUACACCAUUGUUACGGGUCUCUAUCCAGAGUCCAACGGCCUGGUCGAUAACUCUAUGUAUGAUCCGGUGUUAGAUGCCAGCUUCUCUCUGUCCAACUCAGAGAAAGACAACCCCGCCUGGUACCUCGGGCAACCCAUUUGGCACACAGCAAAGUAUCAGGGACUGAAGGCUGGGACUUUCUUCUGGCCGGGAUCAGACGUCCAAAUCAACGGAACCUACCCUGACAUCUACCAACCUUACAACGGCAAAGUGCCAUUUGAAGAAAGAGUUUUUACUGUGCUGAAGUGGCUGCAGCUGCCUGAUGAUCAGAGACCAGAUUUCUAUACGUUGUAUCUGGAGGAACCUGAUAAAUCUGGACACAGCUACGGUCCUGUCAGCGGAGGGCUCAUAGCAGCGAUCCAGGGUGUGGAUAAGAUCAUCGGUCAGCUCAUGAACGGCCUCAAGCAGCUCGGCCUGCACCGCUGCGUCAACAUGCUGAUUGUGGCUGAUCACGGUAUGGAGGAGACGAGCUGCGACAGGAAGGAGGUUCUCCAGGAGCUAGUUGGAGAUACCAGCAAUUACUUUGUAAUUCAGGGUCCGUUUGGGCGCAUCCGUGGUAUAAAUAAAGACACCGUCGUGGACUCAGCUGGACUCGUGGCUAACAUGACUUGUAAGAAGCCAGACCAGAAGAUCAAGCCGUACCUGAAGGCCCACCUACCAAAGCGCCUCCACUUUGCCAACAGUCGUCGCAUCGAAGAUGUUAACGUCCUGGUGGAGCCUAAAUGGCUCUUUGAGAGAGCUCCACAAUCUCUCACAUUCUGCUCUGGCGGGAAUCACGGCUACGACAACGAUGUUGAAAGCAUGCAUGCCAUGUUCGUCGGUUAUGGCCCAAAAUUUUUGAACCAAACAGAGAUCGAACCCUUCAGCAGCAUUGAGCUAUACAAUCUCAUGUGUGAUGUGCUAGAAAUCUUCCCCACCCACAACAAUGGGACCCACGGCAGCAUGAAUCACAUUCUGAGGAAGCCCUAUCACAUACCAACACACCCUGCAGAGCAGAGUGUGCAGUCUGAGUGUCCCCUGGAGAGUCUGCUCCCUGGUGAGGCCCUGGGAUGCUCCUGUUCUGGCCUGGUGAAUGUCAACAGACGCCUGAAUCUGACUGCACAAGAAGUAUCUGCUGCAGAGAAGAAGCACCUGCUGUUUGGUCGUCCUCGCGUGCUGCAGCCCGACCAGAAGUACUGCAUCCUCCACCAGGAGGGAUUCAUGAGCGCCUACAGCAGCUCGGCCCUGAUGCCUCUGUGGAGCUCGUUCACCAUCGACAAGCCGAGUAACUUGGACUCGUUGCCACCGGUGCUGACAGAUUGCUUGAGGGCAGAUGUGAGACUUCCAGCAUCUCAGAGUCAAAGAUGCGACGAAUACAGCUCCACUGGAAACCUGAUCCAAGCCUUCCUGUAUCCACCCAACCUGAAUACAACAGCGGACCAGCAGUAUGAUGCUUUACUGACGAGCAAUGUGGUGCCGAUGUACUCUGAGUUUAAGAAAAUCUGGGACUACUUCCACAACACUUUGCUGACAAAAUACGCAUCUACUUACAACGGCAUCAAUGUCGUGAUGGGCCCUGUUUUUGAUUACAACUAUGACGGCCAGUAUGACACUCCACAGCAGAUCCAGCAAUUUGUGCCCGGUACAAACAUCUCUAUCCCGACACAUUACUUUGUGGUGUUGACGAGCUGCCGGGACUCAACCAAGCCAGUUAGCGCUUGCGUCGGAGAGCUGCAGACCGUGUCCUUCCUGCUUCCCCAUCGAGCCGACAACUCGGAGAGCUGCAAAAACACAGAAGCUGAAUCUCAGUGGGUUGAAGAUCACAUGUGGUUUCACCAGUCGCGAGUCAGAGAUGUUGAGUGGAUCACAGGCCUGGAUUUUUACCAGGGCAGCAAUCGACCAAUCCCAGAGCUGCUGAAGGUGAAGACCCGGCCUACAGCUGCCAUUCACAGAAGUCAAUAAAACAUUUCCCCAACCAACAAAAAAUGUAAUCAUUUUCUAAAUCAGUGUUUUUUUGUAUUGAAGGAGCUGAUUAAUGUAAAUGUAGUUUGUGA